AUGUACGUUGAACAUGUCACUGGUGUUCGGCAGUACAGCGCGCCGGGAUCGGCCGCCCCGGGCGCAGCGGCCCUCGCGAGCGUUUUCCCAAUCGGUACCGCGUCGGUUAACAUCGGGACGUCGGGCCCUACAACCGCGUUCCAAUCGAUAUCGGAAUCCGGAACGAUACGCCCGAUACCGGGAACUCCCCCGCCCAGCGGGACAUCGACGGAGUCUAGUGUGCAAUGUUGGAUUGUUUGAGGUGAAAAGUGUGGAAAGACCGGUGCCGGCCUUUGCCUUUCUAUGUAUAUAUCGCUGGGCGAAGGCACUCGCGGUGUGCAAUUUGUUCGGAAAUGGGAGCGUUGUGUGUUGCAGGACGGCGAGUGUAACGGCAAAAAAUAAAUGA